CUGCUUUGCAAAAGCGCUGGGCACUGCUUUGCAAGAGCGUGCGAACGGCUCGACGACUCGACAAAGGGCAGCCAUUCGCGCCCGGUAGGCAGCGCUUUGGACCUACUUAAGAGCGGACUGCCCCCGUGCACCGUUCGUUCGACAACAGGUGGGGCAGCACAAGAGCAGGUGCCACAGGGGGCCGCCGCCGCGCAGCAAAAGAGCAUGGGGGGAGGCGAGCAGGCGGCCGACGCGCUGCGCAAGAGGUGGAGAAGGUUCCGCGAGCGCGGCGAAAUACCACAAACGGUGGGCUACGGCCUCCCGACGGCGCUCAUAUUGCUUGCCCUGCUCUGGCCCUUCCUGUACGGCGUCGUCCCGUCCCGCGCUGUGUGGAAAUCAACCAGUGCGUCGGGUGCACCGCGUCGAUGGCGUGGAGGACGACGCGACGAUUCAGCACGAACGCGCCGUGAAAUUUUGAUUUCCACACAGGUCCCGCGACAACUGCGGCAUGGUCCGCGGCUACGAGCGCUACUACCAGAAGGCCUCGAGGUCGACGCGCGAUCCCAGGCUAGACGGGGCGUGGUCGCCGUCGCUCGACAUGGACGCGCUGGGCCUGCGGGCGAAGUGGUGGAGGGGGCCCUACGAGGGGCCCGACGGCAACAACCUGUGUGGAAAUCAAAUUUUACGGAGCGUUCGUGAUGAAUCGUCGCGUCGACCUCCACGCCAUCGACGCGACGCCUGCUCGACGGCGUGGCGAUGCCGGUUCCUCACCGCUCGACGGAGCCAGCACGGCCGCAUCAUCGCCGAGAAAUGACUUAGUGAAGAAUGGUCGGGUGCACCCGAGGCACUGGUUGAUCUCCACACAGGCAACAACCCGUCGGCCCCGUUCCGGGGGGCCGACGCGCCGUUCCAGCCGCCGCAGGAAGCUAUCAAACUCGGCAACACGACCUACGCGGACCGCGUGGCCGCGUGGGCCUACUCCUACGACUGCGCGCUCUUCGAGCAGGCGUUCUCCGUUAUUUUCAGGAACGACACGGGAAUUGACUUCCCGGGCGUCGGGCGCACGUGCAAUCACCGCCACCUGCUCGCGCACAUGGCGAAGGAAUGUAAAGCAGGGCGCUGCCCCAAGAUGCGGGUGGCCGGAGCGCCCGUGGAUAGCAUGCUCGUGGCCCUGGGCAUUCCAUGCGCGCCGGAGUGGGGCGCCAACGAGGACGACGACAACUUCGAGGCGCUGUAUGCGAUGCAUUUUUUGACUGCCGUUGUGUCCGGAAUCGGGUGCCUGCUCUUCUUCCGCCUCUACAGCGACGCCAUCAAGCAGGCGCGGCGUCCCUUUGUGUCAUCUGCGCGUCGACGCCUUCCGGUCGUCGCCUCGACGGCGUCGAGGCGGCCGCGUCGCCACGCCGCCGAAGCGAGAGUCACGACGCAUACGAAAACGCAGGCAGCCCGAGUUCUUCGCCGGCGGGCCCUACCGCUGGUACGUCGCGGCCGUCGGCGCCUACUUCUACUGCCAGCUCGCCGUCAACUUCGUCGUCUUCGCGACCUUCGUCGACGUCCGCUGCAAGCACCACAACAUCCUGGUCGUCAACCGCGUCGACUACACGGGUCUGGAUUUUUGCGCGCUCGCCGGCGUGGAGGCGGACGCGAGCUGCGGGUACGGAACGGCGACGAGCCCCGCGUGCGACGCGGGUGCCCAGUCUUUGCGCCCGCUGCGAUGGGCAAGGAAGGGGGCCGCCUUUCAGGGCCCCACGGCCUGGCUCGGCGACUCCGGGUGGCGCCAGGUCUUCCCAUGGUGGCUUUCAGUUUUCUUUUUAAAAGAACGAAGCGCGAUAAUGAGGGAGAAACCGGGUGAUGAUUGCGUCUGGUAUGAUGACGUCGCGGAGGAGGAGCAAAACUGCGACGCGUGGUGGACGCCUGUGUGGAAAUCAAUCAGUGCGUCGGGUGCACGUGAGGAAUUCACACCGCCACGCCGUCGAGCAGGCGUCGCGUCGAUGGCGUGGAGGACGAGGCGGCGAUUCAGGAACGCGCCGUAAAAUUUUGAUUUCCACACAGGUGGACGCCGGGGUACCCGGACGCGACGUACGCGGCCUGCGCCGUGGUCAACGGCGUCGACCGGAAGCAGCUCUUCAUCGACGACGGGACCGCGCGGUACGCCGCCGCGUCGCACAUCAAAUUCCGUCGGACUCCCUUCAGCCACGAACGGGAGGGCGCCAUCGCGCGGAACAGCCGCGUCGAUUGAAGGCCGGUCAUCUCAGCAGCCCGCCGCGCGACGACGGCCUUCGCGAUAACGGCCUUGGCCGCGCAGGUGGGCCGUCGUGCACCGGUGGGGGGCCCUCUACGGGGGCGGCAUGUUCACGAACGUGCUACUCCAGGCCAUCCUCUACCUCCGGGCGGCGAUGCUACGAGGUCUGGCCGGGCGGACCGACACGCGGCUGAUGGCGGCGAUCCGCGUUUUCAUCGCGCUCGAGUGCGUCGGGCUCAUCGUGUUAUUCUAUUUCAUGUACGACUUGGCGGUCAUGAACUAUGUCGAGUACGACGUGGACGACCCGAAUUUCCGCAUCCCCGACCCGCCGCCGCAUCCCUGGGGCAGUAUCAUCAUAUACGGCACGAUGAUCUUUUUCGGAGGCGGGCACAUGUUCGUGACUCUCGCGCUCGUCUACGUCUUCGUGGCGGCGAUGCGCCGCGCGAGCGCGAGCCUGCGAGGCGAGGGGGGGGCGGACGCCGACGACGAGACGCGCGACAUCUUGCGCCAGCAGAAGCGGACGGUCGCGCGCGUCGUGGUGGCAUCGGUGGUGGCCAUCAUGUCGACGUUCUUUACCCUACCUUUCCCGAUGAUCUACGGUUAUGUUAGGCCGAACUUUUGGCGCAAGCGCAGCAUGGUCUUCCUCGUCACCUUCAUCGUCGACUCCGUCGUCAACGAUUUGUGCCUCAUGGCCGUGGCUUUCGUCGACGUCAAGGAGGACGAGAAGACCUCUGCCGCGGCCGUGCCCGUGCACCCCGCCCCCGAUUUUGCCGGGCUCACCUAAGUUACUGACAACA